AUGCAAAGUCCACACAGAAAGGAUCUGGGACUGCGGGGGUUCGAACCCAGGGCCUUCUUGCCACCAGCAGGUGGCAGAAUUGAUGUAAUCGGGAAACCGGCGACUAUAAAGAUCACACAAGAGAUUGUACUGUCAUAUUUUAUUGUGGUGAAAAUGGCGACUAGUGGGGAUGAUCCUCAGACUGCCGAAGCCACGGGCGAUAAGCAUAUUCAAAAUGAUGGAUAUAAUAAAAAAUGUAUAUUUUGUAAAAUUGUGAACAAAGAACUGGAUACCGAACUUCUGCAUUCCGACGAGGAAAUAUCCUGCUUCAGAGAUAUAAAACCUGGAGCCCCUCAUCAUUACCUGGUUGUACCAACACAGCAUGUUGGGAAUUGUAAAUCACUCGGAAAACAACACAUUCCUUUAGUUGAGAAGAUGGUGGAAAUCGGCAAGGCGGUACUUCAGAAGAACAACUUCACAGAUCUCAGUGAUGUUAGGUUUGGGUUCCACUGGCCUCCCUUUUGCUCAGUCACUCACCUACAUCUCCACGUCCUGGCUCCUGUCAGUCAGAUGGGCUUCAUGUCUCGAAUGUUCUACCGGCUGGACUCUUACUGGUUUAUAACGGCAGAACAGCUGAUCCAAAGGUUGAGCUCUAUGGCUUAAAUGAGCUGAGAAACAUUCAGGAUAUCGAAAGCCACAUGAAUCAAAACUGGUAUCAUUUUUUAAUUCUGCAUGUGAGGGCAUUUGACCAGAAACGAAGGUGAAUUUAAGUGCCUUAUGGUUCCAAUAUUUACUUAGGCUAGGUGUGAGGAAAUAAGGUUAUCAGUUUAAGCCAGUCAAGCUAAUGAAAACUGAAACAUGUUAAUGCCACUUGCAUGUCACUGGUAUCUGUCUAAUUCUUAGUGAAAGACUUGGUCAUUGUGUCAUGUUUCCUGGCUAAUUUGUUAAGAGUUCUAAUAAGAACUAAGGCUGCUACAGUGGUGAUCACAAUAAGUAUAUGUGUAGUCCUGCUUUGACUUAAUGUCAUUGUUCACUGAUCACAUAUGUACUCUAAUACUGCAUUUUCAAAUGAUGGGACGUUGAGGAAAACAGUGAUAACAGUGAAAAGAAGUUUCUGCAUGAACUAGAGAUGAGUGACGUUAAUCCUGUAUGUGGAUUGUGUAGUACUGUAAAUUUUUUUAAAAAAGCGAAUGUUUAUUCAUACAUGUGUACCUCAAAUGAUAAGAGUAUUAGCACUGCAGAGCAUGAAACACUGAUUCCUUAAGUUAUUAUGACA